UAUCUUUUUUUUCAAUAAACUUUACAAAUAACCUAUUUAUCACUUAAAACUAAAUGUUUUCUACGUGGUCACUAAAAUUUAUUGCAGAAAUGUACGUAAUUAAGUCACAAUAAGCUCUAAUAUAAGAAAAAUAUCUCUCCCCUGGUCUGUCCCCCAACCGACUUUAUUUGUAUAUCAGUAAUUAUGAAUGUAUUAAAAUUCAAUAAUCAUUUAAAAUUCUUUAAUUUCAUAAGUACAGUAAACUUAGUAAUAGUAUCUUACAAGUAAAAGUGCUUUUAUUCCAAUUCUUUAAAAAAAAUAUGAACACUGAAAUUUGUCCAACGUGUUUCGUGUCUCGUCCCCUGGUCUUUUGUUUUCGUUCAAAAAUCAGUUUUGCUCUUCUAGUCUGUGGAAGUUGUGACCUUGGACGCAUAGUAUGUAACGUGAAGUUAGCAGCAAACGGCGCAUAAGCAACUGCGCCGCCAUUAUUGUCGGCCAUUUCGACCACGCCACUCGCUGGGUGCAGAAGUGUUCGAGUGAAUGCAGUCUUUCCUCUGAAAAAUGGCACCUCGAAAAAAAAUGACGCGUGAAGAACGGCUUGAAAAGAAGAGGAUAGCAGAACGAUUACGUUAUCAAAGAAUUAAAAAUGACCCGGAUAAGUACGCCCAACAAAGAGUUAAGGAAAGGGAAAAAUAUGAGAAGAAGAAAGAUAAAGGAACUAUUAAGACUGUGAACCAAAUGACACCCAGAGAGCAGCGGAAGGCUAGAAAAAUAUGGAGAGAAAAAGCAAAAAUUCGUAGAAGACGUUUAGCACUCCAAGAUAUAAGUAAUUCUUUUGUAACACCACCAUGUUCAGACGAUGAAGGCCCACCGCCUCCUCAAAAUAUAAACAGGCGAAAGCAGGCAGCACAGCAAAAGGCAGCUCGAGCAAGACAAGCAAGAAACCUAAAAAUAAAAAAACAAGCGGAAGAAAUAGCUAAACUUAAAUCUGCAGUCCAACGCUACAAAAAACAAGUACAACGGAUGAAAAAACCACCUCUUAUCACACCCAACACUAAAGUAAAUUCACUAGUAAGUGCAGUAAGUGCAGCCGACAAAGAAACUAUAAAGAAGAAACUACUUUUCAGUGAAGUUGUUACCCAACAACUUAAUGAAAAUUUUUCAAAUCUCACCACUAAUCAAGAAAAAAGAGUCUUCAGGAGAGUGUUAAGCGGGAAAAUAGUAAAAAAGUAUGAUGUUUUGUCGAAAGAAAUGAAAAUGAAACCUUUAAGUAACAUAAGCAAGAAAUCAAGACUGUUAGAUAUAGAACGCAGCUCAAGAAUAAACUGUGAGAAAUUGAAGACGAGCAUAGCCAAAUUUAUGGAAGAUGAGUCAAGCAGUAGACUUUGUGCAGGAAAAAAAGACUUUAUAACGAAAAAGGGCGAGCGUAAGCAAAAACGAGUUAUGCUAGAUACUUUACUCAACUUGCACAAACGUUUUGUGGAAAAGACACACAUGAAAAUAUCCUACGCAAUGUUUUGCAACCUCCGACCAUUUUGGGUCGUCCAACCACGCUGUGACAAUCGUAACACUUGCAUGUGUGUUACCCACAGCAAUAUAGAUUUAACACUUAAGUCACUUUACAAUGCUAAGCUAAUAUCUGUCUCUAACCACGUGGAUCUUCUCAAUAAAGUUUGCUGCAAUAGAUUCAAUGAAAAAUGUUUAUCACGCGAGUGCAAGGCGUGUUUAAACAAAGGGCUCCAUUACAAGGAAUUCGACAACUCGAUUCCACUAUUUUACAGCAAGUGGCAAAGUGUACGCCAAGAUAUUGUCGAUUUAAAAAAUAAAAAACCACGGACUGUAACGAAAUGCGUUAAAACCACACUACAGAUUCAACCAAGGGACUUAAUUUUGGAUUUGGAAUCAAAGAUGGACAAGUUUUUGAAUCACGAACUAAACAUAGUGCACCAAUACCAAGCUAUAAAAACGAAAAAAGAGUCCCUUACUGAGUCGGAAGCAAUAAUACAUGUAGAUUUCAGUGAAAAUUAUCUCACAAAAUACUCUGAAGAAGUACAAUCCUUCCAUUUCGGAGGAUCGAGACAGCAAAUAAGUAUGCACACUGUUGUAGUGUACACUAAAGACGUCGAUCAAGAGUUAAAAAUCGAUUGUUAUUGCACUUUGUCACAAAAUUUAUCGCACUCACCUCCUGCAAUUUGGGCCCAUUUACAACCCGUACUUGACCGUCUGCCGGCUACUGUUACGAAUUUACAUUUCUUGAGCGAUGGGCCGGUCACCCAAUAUCGUAACAAAAUUAUGUUCAAGGUUUUGGCCACAAUGUUGGAUGUUUUCUACCCCAGGCUUCAAAAUUUCACGUGGAAUUUCCAUGAAGCAGGUCACGGUAAGGGAGCUCCUGAUGGAGUGGGUGCAACUUGCAAGAGAACUGCUGAUCGACUAGUUGCGAGUGGCACCGAUAUUUCAUCAAUAGAUGACUUAGCCAAAGCCCUUGAGAAAACCUGUCCAAAUAUUAAAGUUUUCACAAUAGAUGACUCAGAAAUAACUGAAAAAACAGAAAGAUUGGGAUCUACUGAUGGUAUAAAGACUUUUUCAGGAACACUAAAGGUUCACCAAGUUACCGGUUGCGUAUUCGUACCCAAUUGUCUAAUAUUGAAAAGUUUGAGCUGCUUCUGUGACUCUGAGUUAUGUCGUCAUUUUCAGUUGGGUACUUUGGAUUAUCCACAAACACAUGCUGAAUUUCGUCUACAUGUUGAUGAUGUAUACGGAGCUAGCGAUUCAGAUGAUGAGCCACUAAUUCAAAUUGCAUAUCAAAAACGUAUGAAGAAGCCUCAAGAAAUACAAGUUUCUGUACCUACCACAAGCAAUAUAACCAGAAUGCACAAAGAAGAUCCAAAGCCCUCAACAUCUGGAAAAAAAACAUUCUGCAAUGGGGACUUUGUGCUGGUUAAACUUCAAGAUAGAAAAACAGAAUAUCGUUAUGUUGCAAUGUGCACAGGUGUUGAAGAAAGUAAUGAAGUUCAAGUUGUAUUUUGUAAAAUCUGUGAUGAAACUGGAAAGAACUUUAAAAUUAAUGAUGACGAUAUUUCUUUCAUCACCUGGGAUCAGGUUAUAAAAGAACUACCUGCCCCUGACUUAAAAAUGAAGGGGCAGCGUAUUUUUUACGCUUUUAAUGAAUCCGUUGAUGUCUUCGAACGCGGCUUUUAGAAAAAAAAGUAUUUUUUAGUUACCUUUAAAAGUUUUUAAUGUUUUUAUAGCUUAAGCACAAGCAUAGUUUAAUACUGUUAUUUAAAAGAGUAUUUUUAGUUUUUGUUUCUUUUUAUUUAAUUAUUGCCUAUUGAUAGAAAAGUUAUAUAUUUAUAGGUAGUUUUGUUUUGAUAGACAAGAAAAAUACAUCUUUUUCAAAUUGUUUUUGUAGCUUAAGCACAAGCACAGUUUAAUACUGUUAUUCAAAAGAGAUUUUUUUGUUUUUGUUUCUUUUUAUUACUGUUUUUCAUGUUUUGUACCUAGCACAUAGGAAGCAUUUAAUUUUAUAAACAAAGAAGACUGCUAAGAAAUGAAAAGU